AUGGGGUGCUUCCAGUCCAAGCCGGCGGGGAAGCCGCUGCCGCCCGACGCCGACGCCGCCCUCCCGCCCGACGACCCCGCAGAUCCCGGUAAGCAAGCGGCGAACGGGGCGGACGGGGCGGGCGCGGACGGCGACGACAAGGACGGGGCGAAGCGGGCGGUGCCGGUCUUCAGGGAGUUCGGGCUCGCCGAGCUGCGGGCCGCCACCAAGGGCUUCAGCGCCGACCUCAUCGUCUCCGAGAGCGGCGAGAAGGCGCCCAACGUCGUCUACCGGGGCCGCCUCGACGGCGGCCGCCUCAUCGCCGUCAAGCGCUUCUCCCGCCUCUCCUGGCCCGACCCGCAGCAGUUCCUUGCGGAAGCGGCCGGCGUGGGGAAGGUGCGGCACAAGCGCCUCGUCAACCUCAUUGGCUGCUGCGCCGAGGGUGACGAGAGGCUGCUCGUCGCGGAGUACAUGCCCAACGACACAUUGUCCAAGCACCUCUUCCACUGGGAUAAGCAGCCGUUGCCAUGGGAAAUGCGGUUGAGGGUUGCACAUUACAUUGCACAAGCUCUCGAUCAUUGCAAUGCAGAGAACAGGAAAAUCUAUCAUGACUUGAAUGCCUACAGAGUACUUUUUGAUGAGGAAGGUGAUCCUCGCUUGUCGAGUUUUGGACUAAUGAAGAACAGCCGCGACGGAAAAAGUUAUAGCACUAACCUGGCUUACACUCCGCCAGAGUUCCUACGAACGGGCAGAGUCAUCGCUGAGAGUGUGAUAUAUAGCUACGGAACAGUUCUGUUGGAUCUUUUGAGUGGGAAACACAUUCCUCCUAGUCAUGCACUUGAUUUGAUAAGGGGAAAGAACAUACUGCUAUUGAUGGAUUCCUCCUUAGAAGGGCAAUAUGCUAAUGAAGAUGCUUCAAAAUUAGUCGAUCUUGCAUCAAAAUGCUUGCAGUUUGAAGCUAGGGACAGACCCAAUAUAAAGUAUUUAUUGUCCUCUGUUGGGCCUCUUCAGAAGCAAAAGGAGGUGGCAUCGCAUGUGUUGAUGGGCAUUACAAAAACCGCGUCGGUCUUACCAACUAUUCUUUCUCCACUUGGAAAGGCAUGUGCCGGAAUGGACCUUACAGCAGUACAUGAUAUAUUGCUCAAAACAGGUUACAAAGACGAUGAAGGUGCAGAAAAUGAGUUGUCCUUUCAAGAAUGGACUCAGCAAGUGCAAGAGAUGCUGAACACAAAGAAGUUUGGUGAUAUUGCAUUUCGAGAUAAGGAUUUCAAGACUGCAAUUGACUACUAUUCAAAGCUAGUUGGAAUGAUGUCAGUACCUUCAGCUACAGUUUUCGCCAGGCGGAGUUUUUCCUACCUGAUGAACGGUCAGUCGGAGCUUGCGCUACGCGACGCAAUGCAGGCCCAGGUCUGCAUGCCCGAAUGGCCUACUGCAUUCUACCUCCAAGCCCUAGCUCUCUCAAAGCUUGGAAUGGAAACCGAUGCACAGGACAUGCUCAACGACGGAGCCACCUUUGAGGCCAAGAAGCAAAACAGCUGGCGUGGUUAG